AUGAAGUCGGCGAAGCCCCCGUCAGUGGACGGGCCGUCGAGUAGACGGUCCCAGCCCGUCCGACAGGCUCGAACCAACCCUCUGCGCGUCUCAAAUCUGCGAGGGCCGAUCGGCGGACGGGACUCUCUGCCUGGCGCUUCCAGCUCUGAUCAACCCAUCGACAUCUUCCCCGCCGUCACACAUUUCGCCGAUGCGAUCACCGCCCUGCCGAAAGAGCUCGUUCGCCAUUUCACGCUGCUCAAGGAGGUCGAUGCCAAAAUAUUUGCCCCAGAGGAAACCCUGUUCAACCUCGUCGACGCUGCCAUGGCGCCCGUCGUCGCCGCGCAGCCCCCAGCGCCCAACGAGGCGGCCAGCUCACUCGCCCCGGUAUCCGCGACCAUCAGCGCGCAAAACAGCUCGACCGGCGUGGCGCACAGCAUGCACAUGCCACCUGCCCCCUCCGUCGCCGACUCCCACGCGCCCUCCGCUUCCGGCGGCCCCAACCCCGAUCCUCGUCGCCAGCUGUACCAGCAGGUGGCCAUCAAGAUACAAGAGAUGCUGGGUUCGCUCGAGGAGAAGAACCACGUCAUCUCGACGGCCAACGACGCCCUGCAGAAACAGCUCGCCCGCAUCGACGAGGUCUGGCCACACGUCGAGAACGAGUUCAGCGACGAGGCCAAGUGGGGGAGCACCACGCAUUGGGCAUACCCCGAAAACCGUGCCGGCAAUAAGGCCGCCCACGCCGAGCGCUCACGGCGCGAGGGCGCUGCCGCCAUAUCGGCAGCUGCCCAGGCGCUGGCGGACGAGGCGGCCGCCAGGAGCGACGCCCGGAAGCAGGCGGUCCAGGCGAAGAAGAACCUUAAGACGCAGAAUCACGACAUGGAUCUCGACGAUAACGAAGGUCGCAGCAAGGCAGAAACUACGAAAAAGGGAGCCAAGGCGCGCAAGACGGCGGCCGACGCUGCCUCUGGUGCGGGCCCGGGCGUUACGACCAAUGGCGCAACCAAUGGCACAGCACCUCAGCCUAAGCGACGGAAGGUCGAGAAGCCGGCAGCCGCGACCGCGCCGGCAGAUCGGGCCUUGGCUGGUGUGUUCGGGACCGAUGCGCCCAAGACCAAGACCUCAAGCCCCAGGGGUACGCCGGCGCCCGAAGGACCCAAGAAGAGAAAGGCGCUGCCGAGUGGUAGCGGUCAGGCAAAGAAGAGCAGGAACGGUGUCACAGACAACCCAACUUCAGCUACAUCAUCACCCGUCAUUGGAGCGUUUCCAGACGCCAAGCUACCUCGUGGCUCACCAGUCCCUUUGCCUGUCAAGGCCCCGGUCGCCGCCCGCGCAAGACAAAACUCUAUACAAUCAACAGCAGAUGCCAAUAAGCUAAGACCGUCAUCCUCUGCGUCCAACAAACCAAACGGCAUAACGCAGGGCACGCCAGACCUCCCACUAACGCCCAAUUGGCCGCGGCCGGGGGUGCCUGAUCCCAAGCCAACAAAGGAGACGACGACUGCGCCAGCCAAGCCCGACACGGUCAUGAAAGACGCCGAGCCCGUCGAGCCUCUGUCGGUUGCGAGCACCCCCGCCACGAGCAAGAAGGAACUGCCCACGGUACCGAAACAAGAGGAGAUGGACCGCAAGAGCGAGCCUGUGCCGCAGACGGCCACCGCGGCCACCGUGACCAAGAGCGGCCGCGCCAGCAAACCAUCGACACCAGCGUUGCCGAACUUCCCCGACGCCGUCGUGCGCUCGCGUACGUCGCGCAACGCGGACGGCAAGGACGCAGGCAAGCGCAAGAAGAGCACCUCGACUACGGCGGUGCAGGCGGCGCAGACAGCGCGGUCCAUAGAGGAGGGUGCCAGGAACGGGAGCGGUGGCGUCGGUCUCGGUGCCGCCGCCGCACCAGGCGAGGAAGAGGAGGGCGACAUUGACGCGGACGAGCCGCGAUACUGCUACUGCAACAGCGUGAGCUACGGCGAGAUGGUGGCGUGCGACGCCGACACGUGCGAGCGCGAGUGGUUCCAUCUCGAGUGCGUGGGGUUGAAGGUGGCACCCAAGGGAAACGCGAAAUGGUUCUGCGAGCCGUGCAAGAAGCGUCUGACUGCCGCGGGCAAGAAGGUCAAUGGCAGGUAG